GAGAUAGACAUAUCAUAUACGGCUAUUUAAUUGGUCAACAAUGCGCACACCUCUUGAACGACCUUGACAUAUCCACUGAACGAUUCGACAAAUUUUGGAGUGAAAAAAAAAUGUUUCUUGCAAGGAAUUCCCGCACUGUCAGUCGAAAACUAAAUUCCUUUUAUGUGAGAGCUCUUUCUUCAGAGGCGUUCAACUUUGAUACAUUUGUUGCCAAAAAUGAGCCAAUGCCAACAUAUGCUCCAGGGUCGAAGGAAAGACAACUCUUGGAAGAUAAGUUAAAAAGUUAUGAUGGCAAAGUCAGAGAUAUUCCAAUUGUGAUAGGUGAUGAGGAAAUACGAACCAAAGAUGUUAGAAGUCAAGUUUGUCCAUUUGAUCACCAUAGAAAAAUCUCCACUUUUUCAUACGCAACACAGGAUAUUAUCAAGAAAGGAAUAGAAAAUAGUUUAGCUGCAAGAAGAGACUGGGAGAGAACUCCACUUGAGAAGAGAGCAGAAAUCUUCUGGCGUGCUGCUGAGUUGAUGACUAACAAGUACAGAUAUGACCUUUUAGCGACAACAAUGCUAGGCCAGGGCAAGAACAUUUGGCAAGCAGAGAUAGAUGCAGCUGCUGAACUUAUAGACUUCAUCAGGUUUAAUAUACAGUUUGCCAGGGAAAUAACGAAGUACCAGCCACUUAGUCCCAACCCAGAGGAAACUAAUACUAUUGUCUAUAGAGGUGUAGAGGGGUUUUGGGCAGCAGUUACACCAUUCAACUUUACAGCAAUAGGAGGCCAUCUUCCAGCGGCACCUGCUUUAAUGGGAAAUGUCAGUUUAUGGAAGCCCUCUGAUACAGCCAUGUUGUCAAACUACACAGUGUACAACAUUUACCGGGAAGCUGGUCUUCCGGCUGGUGUCAUCAAUUUUAUCCCCGCUGAUGGUCCAGUGUUUGGAGAUACUGUUACUGCUUCACCAGAUUUAGCUGGCAUCAACUUCACCGGAAGUGUAGGAACAUUUAGGAGACUCUGGAAACAGGUUGGUCAAAAUCUAGAUAACUACAAAAGCUAUCCAAGACUUAUUGGAGAAUGUGGUGGCAAGAAUAUGCAUUUUGUUCAUCCAACGGCCAAAAUUGACCAAGUCUUUUACGGUGCUAUCCAGAGCGGUUUCGAGUACUCCGGACAGAAAUGCUCAGCCUUGUCGAGAAUGUACGUACCACAGUCGAUGUGGCCGGAAGUGAAAGAGAACCUGAUGAAGAUUCAUGAGCAGAUGGUAGUUGGGACGCCUUUGUUCGGAGAAACAUUUGUAUCUGCUGUCAUAGAUGACAAGGCAUAUGCAAGAUGUAAAAGUUACCUAGAUCAUGCAAAGAAAUCCUCAGAUCUGAAAAUAGUAGCUGGUGGAAACUGUGAUGAUAGCAAAGGAUACUUUAUAGAACCAACAAUAAUCGAGUCAAGCAAUCCUAAAGAAAAAAUGCUUCAAGAGGAAAUUUUUGGGCCUAUUGUGACAGUGUAUGUGUACCCAGAUGAGAAGUACAAAGACACAGCCAAACUUGCUGCUGAAACUUCACCGUAUGCUCUUACAGGGGCUAUAUAUUCUCAAGAUCCAAAGGUGAUUGAAGAAUUGUCAGAUAUUUUCCAUGAUUGUGCUGGUAAUUUUUACAUCAAUGACAAAUCCACUGGUUCCGUUGUGGGUCAGCAGCCAUUCGGUGGUACCAGGCUUUCAGGUACAAAUGACAAAGCUGGUGGACCUUACUACCUGUUGAAGUUUGUAUCCCCACAGUCAGUGAAGACUAGAAAUGUACCAAAAACAACAUGGAAAUACCCUAGUAUGGACAAAACUCCAUCAAAAGACUUUAAGGUGGACAAGCAGUCCUUCCCCCAUGUUAAAUAAGAUGUCAAGUAAAACAGAGAUCAAAGGCCAGUUUGUACAAGUAUUCCAGGAUAUAAACAUUAACAAGACUUGAAUUUUUUGAAGUUAAGAAAUAGUUGUUUAAAUGAUGUGGUGUAUUUUUGAUAAGAUCUUUGAAGAGAACAAAACUGGCUUGAGAAGGAAAUUUGCUACACUAGGCAUCAAAGUUAUAUAUAGCUAAAUUUGAAAACCAGUCUCAGAAUACUGUCUUGCUAUUGGUCAAUUUCGAAAUUGUCUUCAGAAACAACCAAUCAGAUGCUGUAGUUCUUAGACUGGUCUCAUAUUUAGAAAAAACCUUGGAUCCUAGUGUAAAUUUCAGAAAUGUUAUGAAGAUUUUUUCUUUACUAAGAUUUUAAAGCAGUGGUUUCUUACUGUUAGAUAUUUUAAAACCUUUAGCCUGCUGGCGGCAUGUUAUUUUGCUUCUGCUUUUGCGACCAGGGCAGACUGAUCAUGGCCUGAACUCUUGGCUGUUUAGUCAGUAAAUUUCCAGUGAACACCCCUUCAGAUAAUAAAUGGUACUGUCCAAAUUGGAAGAUGGACCAGUCCAUUUUAGAAAUUUAACAGGGUAAAGGUUAGAAUCAACUUUGACCGAAUUUGAACAAGUUCUUAAAUGUCCAGUUAUUGAGAACCUUUUAACAAACUUUCUGAGACAUUUCUCAGUUUAAAAACAGUAAAACUAUUUUAAACAUGUUUGUUGCUUUUGCUUAAUAUAAAUUAUUUUAAAUAAUGAACAAAGCUUGAGUGCACUUUUUUAUUAUCUACAUUUUGGGUUUGAAGAAUUGCUUCAGUAUUGCUUAGUGAGAUUUUGUGAUUUAUAAAUGUUUUCAGUCAGUUUAUUUUUUGACUGAUGAUUUAUGAUGCCAGAGUGAACAAAGUUGAAUACCUAGAAGGUAUAUGUGGUUGUUGUUAUCUGUUUGUUUUAAGUGCUGGUUAUGUUUUAACAUUAGCCCCAGAUGUGUAAGGUUGAAAGGUGAGCUUUCAAAAGAGACUUAAAUAAGUUUACUGGUAUAUCUAUAAGAUAUGCAUUGAAAUCAGCAUAAUGUUUACUUUGUAACAAUAUUUUGAUUCAGUUUUCUUUUCUGAAGAAUAGAUUUGUCAAAACUUCUAUUGAGGAAAACCUUUGUCAGAACUUCUGUUGAGGAAAAGAUUUGUCAGAAUAUGUAUCAAGGAAAACAUUUGUCAGAACUUCCAUUAGGUAAAACAUUUGUCAGAACUUCUAUUGAGAAAAACAUUAGUCAGAACUUUCAUUGAGAAAAGGAUUUGUUAGAACUUCUGUUGAGGAAAACAUUUGUCAGAACUUCCAUUGAUGAAAACAUUUGUCAAAACUUCCAUUGAGGAAUAUAUUUGUCAGAACUUAAGUUAAAGAAUAGAUUUGUCAGCACUUCCAUUAAAUAAUAUAUUUGCCAGAACUUCAGGAAUGGAUUUGUUAGAACGUACUGAAAACAACAACAACUGUAAUUAUGGUAAAAGGACUGUAAGAGAGGUUUUGCAAAUCUUAAAUUGAUUUUAGUAGUUGCAGUCAUUUUGAAAGAUGAUAUUUAGAUAACCUCAGCAU